AAGUUUUUAGCUAAUACCACGGGAGAGAUCCGAAACCUAGAACAACAGCUUAGGUGUUCCUCCUACAAGAUCCUCUCCGUUCAUCGCGUUGGCUCCGCACGCCCGCGAAACCCCACUGUCACUUUCUCUUCUCUCAAAUCGUCAUUCCUUCAAUCUCCCAGAAUUCAUCACCAUAUCACGAUGUCUUGGGUCCAAGUCUAAGUUGCUCUCUUCUUCCUCUUCUUCACUUUCCAGAACCUUCCCUUCCUUCUCUCGCACCGCUCAUCACCUCCCUCACAAUCAGAUCGGAGCUCUCUCUCCCCUCACCGAUCUCUUCCACCGCAGCACCGCCUCCACUCCUCUCGCGAAGGAAAACGCUUCUGGCGAAAACGUGACUGGUCUUCCCAAAGUUCCUGCGAAUAAGCCUGGCUGUGAUUCUAAUGCGAUCAAUUCGUUGGUAUUGAGCAAAAGAGUUUGUUGCUACGUUAUGGCGGGCAAGGGUGUUGGUUCGGUGGCAAAGGCAGUAGCAGAAUAUCAAUAUCCUUGGCGUGAGAAGUUAGUGAAAUACAAGGAUGAACUUGCUAAGGGAGUAUGGGGAUACUGGGACCUGGGGGCAUGGAAGCCACUGAGUAUCAGUGCUCGACGACGUGCCCGACUGCGAAAGGAAGUGCUCCUUACUGGGGAAGAUUGGCCCUAUGAUCCUGAAAGAAAGGAGAUGAAGACCAGGAGGAAAGGACACAAAUGUGAUAGGAUAUCUGCCGAGAAGCGGGAGAACACUGCAAAGUUGAUGGAGAAGAUGCCCCAGAUGUUGCAGGAUUACAAGAAGAGAAGGUGGCAGAAGAAGAUGAAGGAAGAAGACAAGGGAAAAAUUUGAUUUUGCUCCUCUCUUCUAAGAAUAUGUUUGAGUGAUCGUCAGGGGAAAAUGUUUUGUACCCUGAAUAUUAGUUUUUUCUUUCUAAAGUUUUGAAUUGAUUUCAUAUCAGUGUAAAAUUCAGUCUAACUUGCAUCCCGAUGGGAGCUUCUUCAUAGGACUCUUUGAAACGGUUAAUUUAUAUAGUGUUAUCAUAUUUGUCAGAGAUGAAAUUGUAUUACGCUUGACGAUUUGUA